GACCGUCUCACCCUCUGUUUCUUUCUCUGCUUUUCCUGCUCUGCAUCUGCAAGAACAAGAAACAAAGCUAGAGUUGAGCAAUGGAAGACAAAGUGAAGAAUUCCUCGGAUCAAAGGGAAAUGGGAAACCAAGAAAUUCCCACUAGACAGAAGGGAGGUCUUAUCACCAUACCAUUCAUAAUUGCAAACGAAGCAUUUGAGGUGGUGGCAAGCUAUGGGAUGACCGCUAAUAUCAUAUUUUACUUGAGGAGGACUAUCACAUGAGCGUUGCUAAAGCCUCUAAUGUUAUCUUCUUCUGGAAUGCUGCUACCAGUUUCAUUUCUCUUUUGGGUGCUUUCCUCUCAGAUUCAUAUCUGGGUCGUUUCCUCACCGUUGGCUUUGGUUCCAUGGCUAGUUUAUCGGUAAAAUACUAUUUCAUAAGUAGCUUUCUUCCUUUUAUGUAGUCAUUUCCCCUUUUUCUCCAAUGAAAUUGAUUUGCUUGUGUGGUAUAAUCAUAUACGUUUGUUCUCACUAGCUUCCUGUAUGGUUAUGAAACAUCUUGACCGUUUCUAGAUUAUUCUAUUGGGAUUGGGAAUAAUAAACGCGCACCAGUACUGUUUAUACUGAGUAAAAUGUUUUUUGUUAACUUCACCAAGAUGAAGAUACAAUUAUAUCAUAGGACAAUUGCAUAGAUUGAUUCAGGGAGCCCUCAUCUAAUGGCUCUGCUAUUUUGGAGUUGGGUGCAGUCGACUACAAAAUACCUUCUGUUAUUCUUAAUUUUUUUUUUCCCUUUGGCAAAACCAUUCUCCUAUAAUUUGUCCCUCAGCAGGGCAUGUCAAUUUGUAAACAUCUGAUAUUUGGAACAGUGUCUAUCAAGAGUGAUGUUCUUACAUAUCUUGUAGUGUAAAUUGAAGAGUCUAUGCAACAUUUAGUAAUUUAGCUGUCUGCAGUAUAGUUGGUUUGGCUACUACAUCUAUUUUGCAAUAAUUUUGUGUCAGUCCCCAUUUGCCUGCUUCUGUUCUGUUGUCAGAUGAAGAGAAUGCUGUGAUGAGUAAUUUCUUCUAUUAAUCAAUACUUGCCAGCAAA